CCUGUCGUCCCAAGUAUCGCUAACUUACGGGUUUCCGAACCAUCUUAUAGUGCUUCGAAAUCGCCGACCGGAAAGAAAACAGGACCGAAUCCUCCGCUUGGGAAUCUUCCCUCGAAUUCCAGUUCUCAUCGGCUUAACCAAUUGGCAGCGAUCACAUCUACACCGACAACACCGAGACGUUCAAGACGACGCGAUGAAGGCAAAGAAUUGAUAAACCUGGUCGUUGUGGGUCAUGUGGAUGCCGGUAAAAGCACUCUGAUGGGUCACCUGCUCUGCCGACUCGGAUGUGUGGACCAACGUACCCUCCAUAAGUAUAAACAGGAGUCAGCCAGAUCCGGAAAGGCUUCAUUUGCAUUCGCUUGGGUGUUGGAUGAAACAGAGGAAGAACGAGCUCGUGGUGUUACUAUGGACAUAGCAAAGACAACAUUUGAGACGAAUUCGAAGCGAGUUUUGUUACUAGAUGCCCCUGGACAUAAGGAUUUUAUUCCGAAUAUGAUCACUGGUGCCUCGCAAGCAGACGCUGCUAUCUUAGUCGUGAAUUCUACUUGUGGCGAGUUCGAAACUGGAUUUGAAAACGGUGGUCAAACAAGAGAACACGCCAUGCUGCUACGAUCACUUGGAGUUGGGCAGUUGGUAGUUGCUGUAAACAAGCUGGACACCGUUGACUGGUCAGAGGAGCGAUUCCUCGAAAUUCAGGCUAUCAUGAAAACAUUUUUGACCAAGCAGGCAGGAUUCAGUAAAAUUCGCUUUGUGCCUGUGUCUGGUUUGAGCGGCGAGAAUUUGUCAGAUCGUGUUCCUGAAAACCAUCCUCUUCGAAAAUGGUAUUCAGGCGAAUGCUUAAUAGAGCUUAUAGGUAGAGUUAUUGCUUCCAUACUUAUUUCUUUUCAUAUUUUCAAUGUGUUGCUUCAAGAAUCUUACAUGUCGGAGAGGGGU